CAAAGGCAAAGAACACAUAUUAUCUAGCGCGUCUGUUCCCUUCAACCACUCGCUUUAAGCGUGGCAUCUCCUACAACCAUAAUCUUGACGGUUCAUUUCAAAAAUACUUCGCUAUGGGUAAGACAUUUCGUCUCUUACCUGCUCCUGUCAAAACAGGGGAAUCCCAAGCCGCUGUGCCCCAACGAGAAAUAGUUGUGCGAAAGCGCAAACAGCCCGUGUCUUCAGCCUGUGAAGAAUGUCGCAAACGGAAGUCAAAGUGCACUGUUCCGUGGCCUUGUUCACCAUGUCAGCGUCGCAACACUGAUUGUUACUUGAAUCCGACGGCCGAUUUGAAGGUGCAUCAUCGGGCACUGCAACGUAAAUACUCCGAGGUUCAAGCUGGUAACAGUCGCUUCCAAACCAUUUAUUCGAUGUUGCGAGAGAAGCCCGAGGAUGUAGCACUCUCUAUCUUGAGGCAGAUUCGGACAGGAGCGGACCCUGAUGCUAUCUUCAGCUUGGUGGAGGAUGGGGAUCUACUGAUGCAGCUGCACCUAGCCCCUUCGUCUCAAUUCCGCUACACAUUCCCAUACCGGAGUGCGAUGCCUGGCGUCCUAGUCGAAACGAAGAGUACAUAUAUGGAAGCAUUGGUUCUCGAGGCGCCAUAUCCUGGACAGGAGCCUCCAGAACCGUUUGGGUCCCAAUCAAUUUCGGAUUUAGAGGCCCCAUAUUAUAUGCCAUACCACUCUGCGAACCUAGUUGAACCAAUGCUAGAUCGCGCUACGAUCUCUGCCUGGACGACAGUGUGCACAGAUGAGUCUUUGCUACACAGUCUCAUGGAAGCUUACUUCCUGCAUAUAUUUACCGCGUUCCCCCUCUUUCACAAAGAAUGUUUCCUCCGAGAUUUGACUUCUGGAUCUCAACGUUUCUGCUCCAGCCUACUUGUUAAUGCUGUCUUAGCUCAUGCUUGCCACGCUACGCCCAAGGUUGCGCACCGCAAUGAGCAUUGGAACCCACGAAAUAUUGGCUAUAUAUUCCUCGCCGAGGUCCGGCGCUUAUUGGAACUUGAAGCUGAUCGAUCAAGAAUCACAACAGUUCAGGCGAUGCUCGUGAUGAACAUUACCAUGAACGAGCAGGGUGUUGACGGCGCCUCAUAUCAGUAUUUGACUAAGGCCGUAGCUCUCGCACAGCGCAUGGGUCUGUUCAACUCGCCCAGGGAAAACAUGGAGCAAUAUGCGGACUCAGAUAUUAACGUCGUUCGUGAAGUGACAGCCUGGGCUCUUUUCGCUUGGCAAGGAAUCAUGUCCUCCAUGUUUUAUGACCCGCCUCUGAUCACAGAGCCACCUCAGACGUCCUGUCCGGACCCCGCCCAAUUCCCAUUCUGGUAUGGCGAUCUCUGGAUUCGAUACCCCUCAUGUCAAGUAUCCAUAUCAACCAAAUAUCACCAAACUUUCAAGGCUUACUUGGGGUUUUGGACCAUAUUCAACGAUAUCGCACUCGUUUCGUUUCCGCCUGGACGGAACCCGUCACUUUCCCUCAGUCAGGCAGCUGAGUUCUAUGCUCGAUUACAGUCCUGGUUCGAGGAUCUACCAGAUGACUUGCAGCCAGGGAGAAUAGUUCUACCUUUUCAACUGAAGCUACAUAUUCAAUAUUGGUCUCUUCUGAUGGAUCUCUUCAAGCCAUUUGCAGACUUGGAUGAGCACACAGAAGCACUGGAUAUGACGUCCUCAGAGAUAUAUCGAGAUGCUCGGUUAAAACAAGAUCUCGUGCUACGAAUUUAUUACCUGCGGCAUGGGACGGAAACUCACGACUGUUGGCUCUUUAUGUUCCUCCUCAAGCUUAGUUUUAUCGCGCUAGAAGAAGUGGCAUCUUCUCCAGGCCAUCAAGUCUCGCUUUCAACUUUGAUUUUGGCACUAGAGAGCCUCGACAACCAAGGUAAAUGUUAUUUUAUGGCAGAGUUCGCGCUACGAACGAUCUGUGCAAAGAUGCGUUCUCAGGACCUGGUGACCCUCAAGCAAUUCACAACCUUUCAGGAUCUUGAUGACCCUCAGAUCAUAGCAAGGCUCAUGAGCCUCAUUAAGUCAAACUGGCCUGUAAACAUGGAUUUUGCAAAACAAGAACGAAAGAACCUCCGCGAUGUAGCUGCUGAGAUCAUAGGGAUGGGCACGGCAGACGAUGAGUAGCACUAUACUAGCUUGAGUUGAUAGCGAUAGUGAGAGUGAGAGUGGGGAAUACAGAAAAGGUUGACCAGGAUUGGCGAGGACUACAGCGCAGGAUAGUUCUCUGGUAUCACUUUGUCAAUAGGGAGUAGUUCGGUAUAUAAACAAAGAGCUGUUUGAAUUUCUCUUG